AAAACAACAUUCAAUGGGGGUUUUUCAAAAAAUUAUUCAUCCUGAUUAAAAAUUGAUGCGAACUAUUAAAAAAAUCGAACGGUUACGAAAAGAAAGUAAACAUUAGAAGAAAAAAAAAAUCUUCCACGAAAGGCAUGAGAGAGAGGCUUCAGUAGGGCGCCCCCAUCACGUCAAGUUUACGUGGGCGUUUCAACGUAGCCUUGGACGCCUAACGACGCUCCCGACGCUCUCUGAAACGCAGUCAGUGCCGAACAUCCUCAGUCGCAGAUUUCGACUCACUUAAAACGCCACUUAGGGACGAACGACCGAUAAGACCGAAUCGAGAUACGAGUUAAACGCCGUACAAUGUCUUUCAAAGAACAUUUGGAAAUGAUCAGUCUCAAUGAGACUCCAUCGAAGAAAGCCAAAUUCUGGCAGUCCUUCGUCAGAUCCUUAAAAGGAUCCGACGAUUUAAGGGCUACCGAUUCAGUCCAUUCCCGCAGGGGUAUCUUCCGUCCCAUAAGCGACAUACCAGAAGUAUCAUCCUCUUGGCCAUUCACCAAAUCUAUCUUCGACGAACCCAGCGCUGCCGCCGAACGUAUCCACGUUCCCGGCUACAGAUACGAUCCGUUACACAGAGAUACCUACGGUUAUUCGCCGAGGCCAAUUUUUCCACACAACUACGGUUCUUUAGACAGAUACCGGCCCGCUUUCCAUAUAACGAAACCGAAGCCUUUCGACGCCGAUGAAGCUUGGAGGCACCACGUAGAUCGCGUUAAAGGUCGCGAACCGUCGCAAUGGCCCAGUUCGAUCUUCCACACCACUUACCCGUUUUCUCGUUAUCCGCUUUAUUUGGUCUACAGUAAAAGACCGUCUCCGGCGGCCGAAAAGUACGAUCCCCACCGAUCUUGGUUGGACCAUUUGGAUCGUCUAGCCGAAUUAGAUAAAUUGUAUCCGACGUUGUGGCCUUCGAUCGGAACCAAAUCUCCGACGCCGAUCAAAGCUGGCGAAUUCGCUCCACGUCCUUCGGAAGUGGCUUUCAAUUACGCCGGUCAACCGAUCUACAGCCGCGGAGGGUUGUAUCCAAGUAAGCGUCUUAUCGACGACCUUUUUAACCCCUCUCCGAGCCUACCCGUUUCCGCCGUAUCUCGCGACCCAUUUUGGUGGGAUUCGCCAUUAAAACCCGCCUCCGCGUACACGCCUUUCGGCAAAUCCCCGUUCUACCUUCGCGAUUCUUACCUUUCCCCAGUCAAGAGGACGUUCCUGUGGGACAAACACCCCAUCAGGCCGUUCGGUAAGUCCCAUUACUAACCAAACGAUUCCCGUUUGAAUCGGUUUCGAGGAAAUUCCAUCGUUCGCCCAUCCGAAUAAUACUUGUUGAUAUUUAAUUUGAUAUACACUGAGAAAAGUGUAGGUGUUGAUUUUUAUUUGAAUUGAAACGAACGUUACAUUUUUUUUAGUGUAAUUUUGAAGGUUUUUAAAACGUUUUUUAAUACUUGUCAAUUAUUUCAAAUCGUAUUAAUUUGAAAAUAUUGAAAACUAUGAAAGAUUUUUCCCUGUAAGUCUUAAAUUUGUAUAAAAACUCAUUAUUAUAAGUUCUAGAUUCAAAAAAACCAAUAAUAAUUGUGUACAACUUUUAUUUGAAACAUUUUUUUCAGUGUAUGAAUUAAUUUACGUCAAAAAGACUGACUAAAUAUACAUUACAAGUCCUAUAACUUGAAUUAAAUUAGAAAAAUAUGAGAAAUUAUGAAAGACUGGUUGAUUUAAGUCCUAAAAUCGUGAGGCACUUUGAUUAUUACAAGUUCUAUAUCAUUAUAAAUGUAUGGAGAAAGUGGAAACUUCCUUAAUUCGUAAAAAUGACAUACAAGUAUUAUUUGAAUUAUUUUUUUUUCGAUAUUUCAAUUACUUUUGAAAAAAAUGUACUAAAUACGUCCUAAACUGAUAAAAGUCUUUUUUUAUAAGUAUUAAAUUGGGGAAAUAUGGAAAAUUAUACGAUAAUUAUGCAUAUAAGUCCUAAAUUUUUGAGGGAAACUCAUUAUAGCGAGUCUUGGAUUUGAAAAAAAAAUCAUAAUUAUAAACAACUUUUAUUUGAAACAUUUUUUUCAGUGUAUGAAUUAAUUUACGUCAAAAAGACUGACUAAAUAUACAUUAUAAGUCCUAUAACUUGGAUUAAAUUAGAAAAAUAUGAGAAAUUAUGAAAGACUGGUUGAUUUAAGUCCUAAAAUCGUGAGGCACUUUGAUUAUUACAAGUCCUAUAUCAUUAUAAAUGUAUGGAGAGAGUGGAAACUUCCUUAAUUCGUAAAAAUAUGGAAAAUUUGUAUUAAUAUGACGUACAAGUAUUAUUUGAAUGAUUUUUUUUUCGACAAUUCAAUUACUUUGGAAAAAAAUGUACUGAAUACGUCCUAAACUGAUAAAAGUCUUUUUUUAUAAGUAUUAAAUUGGGGAAAUAUGGAAAAUUAUACGAUAAUUAUGCAUAUAAGUCCUAAAUUUUUGAGGGAAACUCAUUAUAGUGAGUCUUAGAUUUGAAAAAAAAUCAUAAUUAUAUACAAAUUUUAUUUGAAACAUUUUUUUCAGUGUAUGAAUUAAUUUACGUCAAAAAGACUGACUAAAUAUACAUUAUAAGUCCUAUAACUUGGAUUAAAUUAGAAAAAUAUGAGAAAUUAUGAAAGACUGGUUGAUUUAAGUCCUAAAAUCGUGAGGCACUUUGAUUAUUACAAGUCUUAUAUCAUUAUAAAUGUAUGGAGAAAGUGGAAACUUCCUUAAUUCGUAAAAAUAUGAAAAAUUUAUAUUAAUAUGACGUACAAGUAUUAUUUGAAUGAUUUUUUUUUCGACAAUUCAAUUACUUUGGAAAAAAAUGUACUGAAUACGUCCUAAACUGAUAAAAGUCUUUUUUUAUAAGUAUUAAAUUGGGGAAAUAUGGAAAAUUAUACGAUAAUUAUGCAUAUAAGUCCUAAAUUUAUGAAGGGAACUCGUUAUAGUGAGUCUUAGAUUUGAAAAAAAAUCAUAAUUAUAUACAAAUUUUAUUUGAAACAUUUUUUUCAGUGUAUGAAUUAAUUUACGUCAAAAAGUCUAACUAAAAACACACAAAACGUAUCGAAAAGUCUUUGUAAGUCCUAUAAAUUUGAUUAAAUUAGGAAAAUAUGAGAAACUAUAAAAGAUUUGUUGAUAUAAAUCCUAAAACCACGAGGAAUAUUGUUUAUUACAAGUCCUAUAUCAUUCUGAAUGUAUGGAAGGAUUUAAAACUUUCUAAAUACGUGAAAAAUGAAAAAAAUUGUAUUAAUGUGACGUAUAAAUAUCAAUUGAAUUUUUUUUUUCAAAAUUUCAUUUACUUUGGAACAAAAAAAUGUACUAAAUACGUCCUAAACUUAUUAGAACUUUCUUUAUAAGUAUUAACUGAAUUAAAUUGGGAAAUUUUGCAACAAUUGUGCAUAUAAGUCCUAAAAUUAUGAAGAAAACUCAUUAUUGUGAGACCUAAAAUCUGUAUCAAGUGAAAAAUAUUCUCCAAGAACCAAAUAAGACGAUAAAGUCUAAUUUUAUAUAUUUUUUAGUAGCUAAAAAUAUUGUAGCGCAGAAAGAUGUAACUAAAUUCGUUCUAAAAUAAUUAUAAGUAUUCUUUUGAGUCCUACAAAAUGAAAAAAAUAUGAAAAAUUAAGUGAAAUAUCUCUCAAGUCCUAAAAAACUUUCCAAAAUCGUCCUAAUUAGUAUUAAAUCAAAUUCAUAAGUCUUUUUAACUCAUUAUAAAAGACUGAAUUCAUUGAUAAUUCAUAAUUAGUAUUAUUUUGAUGGGAUGGUUUUUUAAAAGUAUUUUUUUUUAUACAUUUCAUACAAAUAUAAUUAUACUAAUUUUUUCCCAGUUUUUUUUUGAAAAGGAUGGCGGUUAUUUUGGUAAAAUUCCAAUUUUUUUUAUUACUGUUUAUUUAGAUUAGAGCUAGUCUAGUGUAAUUUAACAAUCCUUGAUUAUAUUUCAUCCAAACACUAAAUUUCGUGUACCAAAAAUUCAAACAGAACGUGAAUAUUUUGGUUACUUACUCUUCCCCUUCCACAAUUCCAUUUUUAUUUCACUCUAUAAAGUUUAUAUAAUUUCACUAUAUUUUGUAAUCGUAAUCUUAUUUUAUUUCGUUAAUUUUUAACAGUGUAGUUAACUGUCAAGUUAGGCGUAUAUUAGCGACUAAAUAUUCCGUCUAUUUCUUAAGUAGAUUAUUUUAUUUCUACUAGAUAGGCAACCAAAUCAACAUAGUUGUAUUAAUAAUCAUCUAUAUGCACAUUUUAUUUUAUCAACAAUCUAUUUAUAAUUAAUUAUUUAUAUCGAUUACGAUUACAAUUAUUAUUUUUAUUAUUUGUGACGGUAUUUUUCGUCUUUACAGCUGCCGUUUACUAAGUGGAAAGAAUAUAAAAAGAA